AUGGCUGUGAUAAAUGUUGAUCACAGAGGAGAUACGACUCUUGCUCUCCUUCUCCCAUCCACACGAGCAUACAAACAUGCAGACAUCUCGAGGCCUCCGCAGACGUGCGCCGUCUCUUCUGCCACCUCCAGCGCCGCGCCGUUGCCUCCCAGGGCGUCGCCGCCUCGUUCUCAUUGUCGUCGCUUCGUGACUGCAAGUCAACAUAAAAAAUUGAAGAGCUUGAGUGCCACAGGGUCGUACGUGCUGCUGUGGCGACGCGGCGCCGCGGUGCUGACGGCCGCGUCGCUCAUGGUGACGCGCGACGGCCGCUUCCGCCUGGUCGACGGCUACAACCUGGAGAUCCGCGGCGUGCGCCCCACCGACGCCGGCGACUACAUUACUCGUAAUCAGCAGGAGGACAGAGCCAAGCGGCUGUGGAGUGGUUACGUAUUCACAAUUACAGGAACGCUGCACAUUAGACCGACGCAUCAUCGUGUGGGUGACGACCUUUCGUCUUCCAACGUGUCUGCCUCUCCGCUGUCCGCGCCCUACCCCAGGUGCCACCCACUCCCCUUCACACUCGCCUCCUGCCCCGACCCCCACCCCGUCCCCACUCUCCCUUUCCCCGUGCCUUUUGACCUUUCACCCCGGCGCCCCACACUCAUCAACGGCAUGCGUGUGAGUGGACAGCGCCGCAAGCUGCUUAAAUCAACAAGUCGGGCUCUUGCACCAGCGUUGCCUCCCAAAAUCUACAUGAAUCUCAAUAACGCUUUGCAGAAGUCUGUUGUGAUUGGAGGAACAAGAAUGCUCCUGCCUUCGCCCGCUCUCCUUCCGGCGCGAGUUCUCGCUCUCCAUCGAAGUUGGGCUCUUGGAGAGCGCUCACCGGGCGGCCGACGCAAGUUUGCGUUCGGGAGGCCGGCAUCAACCGGCGCGCGGACGGCGACGCUGCGGGCGGCGAAUGUGGAGCAGCGAGGCGCGGACGCGGGCAGCAGUAGUAACGACGUAACGGCGGCGACGACGGCGACAAUAGGCGUGGCGAAGGGGGACGAAUGGCGGCAGACGAGCGCCGGCGGACGGGGCGAGGCGGAGUAG